AUGGCUCCUAGAAAGUGCAACACUCUUACUCUUGCUAUGAAAGUUAAAGUGAUUGAGGCCUACACAAAAGAUAAGUUGUCUGUAAAACAAUGUGUUGAGAAAUUUAAGUGUGGCAAAACACAAAUUUAUGAAGCUAUCAAAAAUAAAGAGAAAAUCAUGGAAGAAUGGUUAGCUGGCAAUGGCGAAGUGAAGAGGAAAGCGAAGGCAACUGGAAAUGAAGAUUUAAACAAGCUCCUGUGGGAAUUAAUUGUAGCUGCACGCUCUAAAAAUGUACCAAUUUCUGGUCCUAUACUACAAACACAAGCCCUCGCACUAGCCAAAGAAUUAGGCAAAACAGAUUUCAAGGCAUCUAAUGGCUGGUUGGAAAGUUUUAAAAGGAGGCAUUGCAUUGUAUGGAAUGAAAUAUGUGGAGAAGCAAAGGAUGUAGAUCAAGAAACUGUUAGCCAAUGGGAAGAAAAGCUCAAAAUGCUUAAGGAACCAUACGCUACAAAAGAUAUCUACAAUGGCGAUGAAACUGGCCUAUUCUUUAGGUUGCUACCUUCAAAAACUCUGGCUGUUAAACGUGAAAAAUGCACAGGAGGAAAGUUAUCCAAGGAAAGAUUGACGGUGUUCCUCUGUGGAAACAUGGAUGGGAGAUUGGAGAAGCCUCUUGUGAUUGGUAAGGCAGCAAAGCCACGUUGCUUCAAAAACAUAGACACUACACAGCUUCCCGUUAUUUGGCGUGCAAAUAAAAAAGCCUGGAUGACAGCAGAACUAAUGUCUGAAUGGCUCAAGAUUUUUGACAGAAAAAUGAAGAGAGAAGGUCAUAAAGUCAUCCUGUUUUUGGAUAACGCUACCUGCCAUCCACAUCUGAAACUUAGCAAUGUAAAAUUAGCCUGGUUCCCUGCAAACACAACAAGCGUAACACAGCCAAUGGACCAAGGUGUUAUCUACACGAUGAAGACACACUAUAGAAAAUUAUUGCUACAGUCCUUGGUUGCAAACAUUUCUACCACACAAAAUGUACACCAGCUUGCCAAGAACGAUAAUGAAGAAUUGCCAGAAAUAAUACAGGUGACUGUAGAAGAAAACAAUGAUAUUCGUUCAUUAUUCCAGCAAGGAGGUCUUGUUGACAGUGAAAUAGACCGUUACAUUGACAUAGACAAAGAACUUGCGACGGAAAGUACAUUUACAAAUGCUGUGGAACUUAUAGAUCAACCACAAGAUAGUGAUGAGAACAUGGAUGACGAUCAAAGUGCUGAAACCACUGAAAUUCCCAGUGAGCCAGCAAUCAAAAGCUACCAAGAUGCUCUAGAGAUAGUUCACCAGUUGGAAGAGUUUGCAUUAUUUAAUAACUGCCCGGAGCUUCUAGAACCAAUAACAUCCACUAGACAUUUAAUUGAAAAAAGGAUAACCAAUGCCCCAAGAAAACAAGCAACAUUAUUGGCACUGUGGGGACAAGAAAACCAAUAA